AUGGAAGCCCUCAGCACCAACCUCCCCAACGCGACCAUCCACGCGACCCCAGACUCCUCCGCCAUCAACACCCCAUCCCCAGAGUACGCCUACGCUACCAAGUACGCCGGCCCACCUUUCCCCGUCACCAACACCAACGUCAGCGUAACCCCGAGCACCGCCCGUGGAGGCAACAACUGCAACAUGGUCGGCAUCCCGCGAUGCCAAGAGCCUUAG